AUGACCAAAGUAAGUGUCAAGUGGGGCAAGCAAGUAUUCCAGGACGUCAUUGUGAACAAAGAAGCUUCCGUUGCGGUACUUAAAGCACAGCUCUAUGACCUCACAUCUGUACCAGUGGAUCGUCAAAAGCUCAUGUCGAAAGCAUGGAAAGGAAUGCUUAAAGACGACGUCAAUCUUUCGACAUUGGAAAAAUUUAUCGAUGGUACAAGUGUGAUGCUCAUGGGUUCAGCUGAAGUCGUACAAAAGCCUACAGAACCGGUUCUCUUUCUUGAAGACAUGACGACUAAGGAUAUUGCUAUGACGGGUACCGUGUACCCUGCAGGACUUGUCAAUUUGGGCAAUACAUGUUAUAUGAAUGCUACAUUGCAGUGUUUACGUCCAGUGAAGGAAUUACGUGACGCAUUGACGUCACAAUCUGGUCAAACCUCCGUGGACUUGACGAGUCAUUUUUCUACUGCAUUGAGGGACAUGUAUGGUCAAUUGGAUGGCAGUGUUGAGAGUAUCACUCCUGCCAUGUUUGUAUCGGUACUGCGUCGUGCUUAUCCGCAGUUUGCUCAGCAAUCACCUCGUAGUGGAGGUUAUAUGCAACAAGAUAGUGAAGAGUUUCUGUCAACACUGUUUUCGACGCUGCAGCAAACGUUGACGCAGCCAACAAGUGGACUCAAGUCACUUGGACCGACGUCCAAUGUCGUGGAUGCACUGUUUGGACUGGAAAUGAACGAGAAAAUUGAGUGUACGGAGAGUGAGAUGGAAGAAGUUGUUGUGAAGAAGGAAAAGGCACUUAAACUGGUCUGCAACAUUACUAUUGAGACCAAUCAUUUGUCCGAAGGCAUUAAGAUUGGACUGGAAGGGACGAUUGAGAAAUACUCAGACGUGUUGGGACGUAAUGCCGUAUGGAAGAAGACGCUGCGGAUAAACCGAUUGCCCAAAUACCUGUGUGUGCAGUUCAUGCGCUUCUACUGGAAGGCAACGCCAGAGAGCCGUGACCACACUGGUGUUAAGUGUAAGAUGCUGAGACCUAUCAGCUUCCCUAUGACGCUAGACGUCUACGAUUUCUGCUCCGAUGAUCUGAAGGCGACAAUGAAGAUUUCGCGUGACAGAAAUGCUGAGAAGAUUCUGAAUGAAUUCAAGGAGAAGGAGGGUGAAGCUGAGGAAAAAAAGGAGGCAGAUGAAGACAACGUCAUGGACGGUCUUUCUCAGGAAGAUAAAGCUGCUCUUGAGACUGCAUGCGCUCUUUCACUGGGUGCCAAGUCGCCUGGUAUUGAUCUUCCCGUCGAUUUCCAAGGAAACUACGAGCUAUACGCAAUUCUGACGCACAAGGGCCGUUCUGCCGACUCCGGUCACUACAUGGCUUGGGUGCGCCACGAAGGAGAUGACUGGUAUUGCUACGAUGAUGACGACGUGUCGCCGUGCAAGACAGAAGACAUCAUGAAGCUCAAAGGCGGAGGUGAUUGGCACAUGGCGUACCUUGCUUUCUACCGUGCCAAAAAGUAA